AUUUACCCUCAGGAAUAUUUGGGAGUUGCUUUUAUUUCUGUACAUCUUCUGAUUGCCUACUUAUCCCAACAUGGGAUAAUCUUCCUCUUGCUGUCUCCUUCUCAUGAUAUCUGAGACACCAUUUCUCACAGCAGGAGUAUCUACACCAGAAGAAGCAGAACAGCAAAGCCUGAGCACCAUGGCCAAUGUCAGUCCAACUUCCUUGUCCCCUUUGGACGCUGGAAAGGAAUAUUACAGAGCAUACAAUGAAACUCUGUCCUCCAACAACAGCCACAGUAAUGAUGAUCCAGAACUGGAUUACGCUUUGGAAACACACACUAUCUUCACAAUUAUAAUUUGCAUUUUGGGGCUUUGGGGGAAUGGGACGGUCAUCUGGCUGCUUGGCUUCUGCAUUAAAAGGAAUUCUUUCACCACUUACAUCCUGAACCUCGCCAUUGCUGACUUUGGUUUGCUCACAACUACCUUUAUUAGAGGAAUUCAGGUCAUGGGGGGGUACUUCUACAUUCCCCUUCUAUCUGUCAUACUUUUAGACAUCUUUGUAUUCAUGUAUAACACUGGUCAGUUUCUACUGACAGCCAUCAGCAUCAGCAGGUGUGUGUCUGUCCUCUUCCCACUUUGGCAUCGAUGCCACAGGCCACCACUUUUAUCCACCACUGUGUGUGCCUUAAUAUGGGGACUUUCUUUCCUUCUCCCUGGAAUUCACUUCACUCUCUUCCUGGCUAAGCUAGAAACUGAUGAGAUAAUAUUCCUCCAGUUAGUUGUGAACGGCUUCCUGUGCCUCCCACUCAUGACUACUUCCACUCUGAUCCUGUUCAUCAAAGUCUGCUUUAAAUCACAACAGCAGAAGAAGGGAAAGCUUCUCAUAGCCAUCUUGCUUACUCUCUUCUUUUUCAUCAUCUUUUCUUUUCCACUGAAUGCCUUAUUCAUCACUGUUUUUGUUUUUCAUUCAGAACCUCCCUAUAUCCUAUUUUAUAGCGACUUAUAUGCCUGUCUGAAUAGCAGUGUUAACCCUUUGAUCUAUUUCCUGGUCGGGAGACAGAAGAGAGGCAGGCCCAGGAAGAGCAUGAAAGCCAUACUCCAGAACAUUUUCAAAGAAGAUGAAAACUCUACAGUGGAAGUAGUGGACAUGGAGAUGGUGAUCUGAUGGUGGGGUGUUUUUCAUCUACCCGAUUGUCAUGGACAGAUCACCGGUUGCUGAGAUUUAGACUUACAGCGGCUCUUUCCCUCUGCAAAGGUGGAGGAUCUAUUAAGUUGAUCCGCUCCCAGAGCCGGAUGGAUCCUGUAGGUUUUCAGAGGGCUCUGGGAGAUUUUCCGGCUGAUAGGACUGGUGCUCCUGUCGAGGCCCUGGUCGCACUGUGGAAUACAGAAAUGACCCGGGCUAUUGACAUGAUCGCUCCCACGCGCCCCCUCCGGUGUAGAGCUCAUACAGCUCCGUGGUAUACCCCGGAGCUGAGAGCGAUGAAACAUGAGAGGAGGAGGCUGGAGUGCAGAUGGAGGAAAACUCCCAGUGGAUACAAUCAUGCCUUGGUAAGUGCCACCAAUAAGUUGUAUACAAAAGCGGUAAGGACAGCAAAGAAGCUCUAUUUUGCUGCCUCUAUUAGAUCAUCUUUAAGCCGCCCAGCGGAGCUUUUUAAAGUCGUUACACUCUGGCCCCCACGAUACUAUGGAAACAUCUGA